AUGAUUCGGUGUUUCAAAUUUGCCUUUUUCGUGGUUUAUGGUGUUGGUGUGGAUAUUGGUGUUGGUGCCGAUACAAGUGUUGAUGUGGAUGUUGGUGUUGGUGCCGAUACAAGUGUUGGUGUGGAUGUUGGUGUUGGUGCCGAUACAGGUGUUGGUGUGGAUGUCGGUGUUGGUGCCGAUAUAGGUGUUGGUGUGGAUACUGAUGUUGGUGCAGCUGUAGAUAUUGGUUAG